GUUUCUUAUCUGGAAAUUUUAAGCCAUAAAAAAAGAGAACCAAACCUUCAAAAAAAAAAAAAACCUUGUCGUUGUUUCCUUCCUCUCCCAAUCCGCCAUGGCUGCUGCAUUCUCUGCAACAUUAUCAAGAACCCACGUCGUCCCUUUUCUCUCCCCAUUCCCGCCAAUUCCCCAAACGAGGACGAGUCCUCGUCUCCUCCCAUUGUUGCGGCAGCCGAUUAUCAGGGCUGUAAACUCAGCUGAACCAGCGAAAGAGAAAGCUGCAACGAAGGCAAAAGCUGAGGAUCAGCCCUCUCCUGCCAAAACUCUCACGCCGAAGAAGAAGCCAGUUUACUCAAUGAAGAAAGGGCAGAUUGUGAGAGUGGAUAAAGAGAAGUACCUCAGUAGCAUCAAUUAUUUAUCAGUAGGCCAUCCUCCAUACUACAAGGGCUUGGACUACAUCUAUGAAGAUCGCGGCGAGGUGCUGGAUCUAAGGAUCUUCGAGACAGGAGAGUAUGCACUUGUUGCAUGGGUUGGAGUUCCAACUGCACCAGCUUGGCUCCCAACUGAUAUGCUCAUCCAGUCUGAGAAACUCGAUUAUGAAAGACUGUAAAUAUGCUUCUCUUACCAUAAAGAUAUGCCAUCAAGAAUCAAAGGAGAAGGUCUUCUGAAGACCUUGUGUAAUGUAUAGUGACUUUUUUGGCUUCUGACUUUGUAAAAGUAUAUGAUUCAGCACAUUCACAAAGGUAAGUGUCAAAUCAUUUUCCUCUCAUCAUUAUAUCUUUGCCGUAUCAAAGAAAAGGUCAAAGAAGCGGCUUGGCGGCGGAAGUGAGUUAGAGUUUUUUUUUUUUUUUUUUUACAAGGGCUGUGAGUUAGAG